GUCUACAUAUAUUCAUCCCAGUCACCGCACCCUACUUACUGCACGGUGUGCAUUUAUCAGGGAUUUUAUGAGGCACAUACUCUAUACAAAAUGUCCGAACGAGCAAAAACUGCCUUCAUCACCGGCGGCGCAAGCGGCAUCGGCCGCGCUCUAGCCGAGCGUCUCCUCUCCAAGGGCUGGCACGUAUUCAUCGCCGACCUAAACCACGCCGCCAUGCAAGAAAUGGCUCUCCAACACAACAAGCCGUCCAACUUCGUGCUGCACUACGUAGGCACCGACGUAUCGUCCUGGGGCGCGCAAGUCGGCGUUUUCAAGCAAGCGCUCGAGGUCCUGGGCGGGCGAAUCGACUUCGUAGCCGCGGUUGCAGGAAUCGGCGAGAAGAAGUGGAUCCCGUUUCCGGAGGAGGUUAUGCGGAUGGGCCCGGGGGAGUUUGCGAAGCCGGAUCUGAGCGUGCUGGAUGUCGAUCUUACGGGGUUGCUGUGGACGGUUGCGCUGGCUGUGCAGCAGUUCCGGCGGCAGGAGCCGGAUGCGGAGGGCUGGCGCGGCAAGAUCGGCGUCACGGCUAGUGUGUGUGGGUUCUACAACGUGGCUACGCUGCCGGUGUAUACGGCGGCUAAGCAUGGCGUUGUGGGCUUUACGCGCUCGUACGGCAGGCUGCUGCCCGAGGAGGGGAUCUCGCUCAAUGCGGUUUGCCCUAAUAUCGUCCGCACGAGCAUCAGCACGUCGCAGUUCUACGAUGCGGUGGAGAGGGAGGGCCUGCUGGUGAGCAUGGAGGGCGUGAUUGCCGCGUUCGAGAAGUGCCUAGAGGGUGCAGAGAGUGGGGAGGUGUAUGAGUGUGGGCCGAAGGGCGGGUUUGUGCCGAAGCAGAGCGCUGGGUACUUGGAUGAGGAGAGUAGGAGGAGUAUGGAGUUGCUGACGAAGAGGGCGAGGCCGCUGCAUUAUGUUGGUGAGGAGUAGUGUUUGGCUCGGCGGGGGAUGGAUGGGUGGCAAAUUGGGAAGACGAUGGAUAAAAGGUCAGGGUUAUUUGUAGAUGUGGAUGUGAAGAGGUGGAUGACGAGGAAAAGUGAAAUAAGCAUACAGCACAGCGUCUUGUUGUCAUUACAUCUCUACAUUGGGCUCUGACAGGCGGGCUCGCAUGUCCAAAAGUGAGUUCGAAAUUCUGGCCAGUGCAAGCGGCGUCUAGCAAAUUCUUCCGCGGCGACGAUAGCACGAACCGCAUCGCACUGCGCCAGCACAUGCAAACAUUCCCGCUUCCAUAGCUUCGUGUGUAAUGUAAAUACCGUCUCUUCUUUCUUAACUCCCUAUCGUUUCUCCUUCGUCUUCCUCACAUAUAUAGCUCCCAUACAAGCUC